AUGGUUCGCAAACUCAAGCAUCAUGAGCAGAAGCUCUUGCGCAAGGUUGACUUCACCACCUGGAAGCAGGACAACGACCACCGCGCCGCCGCCGUCAUCCGCCGCUAUAUGAUCCAGAAACCCGAAGACUACCACUCCUACAACCGGCUGUGCGGCUCUCUGCGCCAGCUUGCCCACCGUCUCAGUCUGCUGCCCCCGGACAGCGCCGUCCGCCGUCGCCACGAGGACCUGCUCCUCGAGAAGCUCCACGACAUGGGCAUCCUGGGUGUCAAGGACAAGCUCUCGAACGUCGAACACAAAGUGACCGUGUCGGCCUUUGCGCGGCGGCGCCUCCCGAUUGUCAUGACACGGCUGCACAUGGCCGAGUCCGUGCACGCGGCGACAGUGAUGAUUGAACAGGGCCACGUGCGCGUGGGCACAGAGACGGUGACGGACCCGGCGUUUCUGGUGACGCGCACGCUCGAGGACUUUGUCACGUGGACGGUGGGAAGCAAGAUCAAGCGGCACAUUAUGCAGUACCGCGACGAGCUGGACGACUUUGAGCUGCUGUGA